AUGAGAUCGAUUUCACCAAAUGCAUAUUAACAAAACAAAAAUUCUUAUUCAUCUGAACCUCUAUAAUAGAAACCAGCUUUGAACACAAUUGUGCAUCAAGCAGUUCCUGUUCCUGUCAAUGAAUUGAUUAUUCAUGCUAACAAGAUCAGAUAAAAUAUGUCCCCAGCUAAUGUUGCACCUAAAUCUGGCCAAACUGUUUAUAGAACUUAGUAAUCACCAAAUAAUUAAAUCCCACAAUAAACCAUUUAGCAAAUAUAAACUUUCCCAUAACAAAAAGAACUGAAAUUGCCAACUUCUGCUGCUGAGCACUAAGCUCCACAAUAGUAAUUCUCAGAAAUAUAUUCGGCAAAAAGUGAUGAUCGAUUUUGUAGAGAAGUUGAAGAUAGAAUAAGAGUUAUUAGAAAUGAGAGUGAUUCUUGGAGAUAAAAGUUUAUUUUAAGUGAAAAUGACAAAGUUAAAUAAUUAUAAGAUAUAGAAAACCAUUAUAAAAUGGAAAUGCAUAGUCAAUCCUAACAGUUAAAUAAAUUUUAUUAGGCUACUUUAAAUGAAUUAAAUGAUGAACUCAAACAUUUAUAAAGGGAAUUGGAUACAUCGAAUAGAGAAACUGAAAAAAUAAGGAAGAAAUGCCAUUAAUUAGAGAUGGAUUAAUUUGAAUUAAAAACAUAGAUUGUUGAUGCUAAUGCUUAGAAGGAUUAGGCAUAAAAAGAAUGGGUACGAAUGAAUAAUUUAUAUCAAAGAAUUAAAAUUGAUAUGGAUGAAAUGAGAACACAAUAGGAGAUAUUGAAGAAAAGAGUUGUUAAUGAAUAAGAACUAGAAAAACUGAAAGAAAUUAUUAAUUUGAGAGAAAAUGAAAUUGAUGAUUUAAAAACAAGAAACACUUAACUAGAAAUAUUAAGUAUUGAUGUUCGGAAAUUGGAUACUUAUAAUCAUGAACUUUAAAAUCAAUUAGAAAUACUUUAGUCAUAAAUUUCUAUAUAUGAAACGAAAAUUUUAGAAUAACGAAAUGAAGUUGAGAAUUUAAAUUCUAUCAAUAAAAAUUUAAAUAAUCAAUUACAAGAAAAGAAGAAUCAUGAUAAACUCUCCUACACUAUAUAUGAAUAGGAUAUGCUCAAUUAAAUAAAUAAAGUGAAGGAUCUCUCCAAAGAAAAAGAUAAUUAGAUUAAAUCAUUAAACAUUUAGUUCUCUUAAUUAUAAUUAAAGUAUGAUUAAUUGCAAUAAUAAAUGCUAUCCAUUAGAGAGAAUUAUGAAUAAGAUUAAAAUUAAGCAAGAGCUAAACAAGGAAAGUUUGAAUAAGAAUUCUAAGAUGAUAUUACAUAAAAGUUCUAAUUGAUGUCAAAAGAAAUUCAAUAGUUUUAACAAGAAAGAUAUUAACUAUUAAAUGAUUUAUCUUAAUAAUCAUAACAAAAAGUAUAUUAUUUAAUAAUUCAUUAAGAUUCGUUUAGAUUAAAAAUUGCAACAGCAACAAAAAGAAAUCGAUACUUUUAAGUACUAAUCUGAUUUAAGGAAUAAAGAAUUAGUUGAUAACUAAGACACUAUUAAUUAAUUGACAAAAUAAGUAUAAAUGUUGUCUAAAGAGAAAAAAGAUUUUUAGGAAUAAAUUCAUGUAAAAUUUGUAUAUAACUAAGAAAUUACAUUAUUAGUAUUAAGAAUUUAAUAAAAUAAACUAUUAAUAUGAAAAAGUGCUUUGCAGUAUUGAAAUUGAUGCAUUAAGAUAAAGAUUAGAAAAUGCACUUUCUGAAAUCGAAACCAUAAAAACUAAUCAACUUUCUAUGUAUAAAUUCUCGUGA